AUGACCUUAGAAAGAGGAGACAUUAGUGCUAUUAGUGUGAAGAAGAUUCGCCUGUUUUGGGUAUUGGCUGAACAAGAGCUGUUUUCCAACUAUUCGGAAAGAGCCCAGAAGGACAGAAUAGAUGUAAAAGCUUACUCAGUCGUUUUGCUACAACUAUUUAACGAAACUAAUAUUCUCUAUCAAAGCAAACAUUUUCUCGUCGUAAAUAAGCCUCCAGAUAUUCUUAUUAACAGUAAUGAUUGUACGAAGAGCACAGUCCAAACAAUGUUAAGAAAUCAAUUCCCGGACUUAAGUAAUCCCAAGCUAACACACGAAUUCUACUUCGCUCAUCGUCUGGACUUUUCCACGAGUGGAAUUCUUUGUAUACCACUUCAUAAACAAGCUUGUGCCUCACUUAGUAAAUCAUUCGAAAAUCACAAAUGCAAGAAGUAUUACAUUGCAAUUGUUAAUGGGCAUGUUGCAGAGAGACAAGACAAAAGUUUGGAUAUCAAUCUUGCCAUAGGUGAAGAUAUCCGAUUUGAAAGUACAAGUAAGAAAAUGUGCACUGAGUUCGAGUCAGAAUUCUGUAAGAAUCCCCGCAAGUCACAAACCCAUCUGAGAGUACUCGCUCUUGGAAACUACAAAAACCGAAAAAUCUCCAAGGUCCUUCUACAACCUAUCACCGGCCGAAGACAUCAAUUGCGACUCCAUUGCUCUGCAAUUGGUCAUCCAAUACUUGGCGAUUUUACUUAUGGAUCCCAAGAAGAUCGCAAAAUGCAUCGCAUGUAUUUGCACGCAAUCAGAAUCAUAGCUCCAAAUGAGUAUGAAGACUUACAUAUUCAUACUGAUGAUCCUUUCAUUGAUCCAGAUUUUUGUUUCGAGGCUGUCCAACAUUCAUCAGUUCUGAACGAAAAGAAUUUCGACGAUAUGCUAUAACUGGUAACAAAAUAAAACUUUAUUUUGGGUUUUUCCAAGUAGAAAAUAAGAGAAAACCAACUCGUGAUAUAAAUUUUAAUAGUUAUUAAUUUAUUCGCUUACAAAAACUAAGGUAACAAAGAUUUUUUUUAAUAAAUAAAUACACUCACUGGAACAAA